AUGCAGCUUCAACCAGGAUAGAUAAGUUUGAAAUUAGUCCCUACAAUUAGGGGAUUUUACAAAGGAGUUCUCUCGCCAGUAAUUGGUAAAGCACCUUUGGCAUCUGUUUUCGCUAAAAGAAAUUUAGAACCAUUUGAUUUCGAUUCUGAUACAAAAACGAUGAUUGCUGGAUUUUUUGCAGGAAUAUGCUAUGCUAAUGCUGCCUUUAUCUUUGAUUUCUUUAAAAUUAGAGCAUAAAAUUCCAGACAUUCUAGUUUGUCCUAUAGAGAGGAGAUCAGAAGAGUAUAUAAAAAAGACGGGCUUGGAGGAUUUACCAGAGGUUGGAGCAGCAUGGUUAUCAGAGAUGCUCCAGGUCUUGCAAUCUAUUUCACCCUUUUCGAAAUUUUCAAACGGAAACUAAAUGUAGCCCAAAUUGAAAAAUAAGUUUAAGAAAAUAAGGACAAUAAUUAGAGCAAUAACAAAAAUAAUGCUAAUUUAUUCUUAAGAAGAUUUAUUGCAGGAGGUUUUGCUGGAGCUAUCUAAUGGUUCUUAGCCUAUCCAAUGGACGUAGUGAAAAGCAAGAUGCAAGUGCAUGAUGGUGAGCAUAGAUUGAGGUUGAGCAGACUGAUCUCAUAAAUGAUAAAGGAUCAUGGAGUUUGGUAUUUCUAUAGAGGUGUGCAUGUCUAGGUUAUUAGAGCGUUCCCCACAUGUGCUUCAAGUUUAGUGACAUAUGAAACAGUUAAAAGCUACCUUAAAUUAAAUCACUUAAAUGUUCUCCAAGUAGAAUGA